CGCACAUUUGUAAACAGAAAGCAUAAACCCAAUUAGGUUUAUUCACUGGAUCUUUCGGAUCUUUAGAAAAGUCUAUUCGUUGGAUUUACACAAUCGCUCCUCACACAAGGAAGAAUAGAGCUAAAAAUAUUAAUUCGAAUAUUGUAAUUGUGUGGUAGUUCGUGGUUGUCCAAAUCAGUGACUGCUGUCGCUUUUGAAAAAAAGGUUAUUGUUGUAUUUUUGUGGAUAUGACCGAGUGAUAUAAUUAAGUCGAGAUAAACGAUGUUGGAACGCCUUACGAAUUUAUUAAAAGUUUAUAUGAACUCGUGUUUAGAUGGUGCGGAUAGUUGAAAGCACGGACACGAACAAGAUCUCAUUUUUCUCUCUUAUAUAAAAAUUAAACGUAUUUGUGUGACGAUCCUGGAUUCAUGUACUCAUACAGUCGUGUGAUGAAGGAUCUCACAAAAGUUGGAACAAAGUGCGGAGAAUUGGAAUUAGACACAAUUUGUACCUAAAUGCUUAUUUAUUGCUUAUCAUUAAUUCCGGCAAUAGUGAUUCAGUGAUCUUUACUACAGUUGGAUAGUGAACCUUAUUGUUGGAAAAAGUAUUGGAUUUAGGAAUAUCAUUCCACACGCAAUCCGAUUGUCCAAAACAUUAAAAAAAACAGCUGGCAGUAUGGCCACGGUACAGACUGGAAAAGUGGCGAUGCAGUACGGUCAACGUUUCAUGCACGCAAAUAGUCUAGCGACAGCUCCAGCAGUCACAGCAAUUGAUCCCGCGCAGGGUGUAGAUCAAGGCAGUCAAUCUUCUCACUAUUAUCCGCAAUCCAAUCAAAUAUCGGUAGCAAAAGAACCGAUAAUCUUGAACCAUGCGCUAGUUAACAAUGUGUGUGCUCCUAAUGUAGUCAGUUCGGUUCUAUCAGGAGUAAACACACCGCAAAUGCAACAACCGAACACAGCACAACACCAAAUGACACCGCAAAUGCAGCCCCCUUCAAGUAAGCUGUACAUUUUAGUAGAAUGGGAAUCAAUAAACGGAGAUCCAAACACCUUUUCGGUGAUUGAUACUGCCGAGCUAAUACUCCACAGCACUGGCGGGAGUGCUCGGGAAAUACUUCACACAGGAAAGACUAUAUUCGUGCGAAAAUACAAAAAAGUACAAAAGGCAACAAUCGUCAUGAUUUCUGACGAUAAACAAUUUAUAGAUACAGAACUUAAGCAGCUCCGUAAAAUGGCAGCAGACAAUCUGUAUCGGAAUACGGUAGCAGCCCAACAGUUAAAUACUGUUGCAACAAAUCAAGAGCAACAAGCAAAGCGGCGUCGAAUGGAAACCAUUGUAACGCCUACGGAUGAACAAGAACCUGCUAGCCCCGAGUAUGAACCCAUGCCAACCCAGUCUCAAAUUGCUACUGCAAAUUGGGUAAACAAUUGCAAAAAUGAACGAAUUGUUUCGCCUUCACCAUCCGUUAUGUCGGUUCAAGUAGGCAGACCAGCAACAUUCUCAAAACCACCCCCAAUGACGUUCGACCAGCAAACGCAAACCGAUACGAGAUUCUUUCCGCAAGAAAAUAACCGAUCCAAUCAACCAGAAUUAGCUAAAAUAUUGUCGCUGCUUGAAACGAUCCUUACAGAACAGAAAACCAUUCGAAUGGAAACCGAGUAUAACCGGAAGCUAACCUACGACAUGAUGGAGCAGCAGAACACUUUCUCAGAAACUCUCAAACAUCUUGUAGCUAAGGUCGACGUCGUCAACAAGUUUGAAAUAACAGAGGUAAUGAAAGAACCAGUAGAUCAUGUAUCCAGUUACGUAGUGUUAGGUACCGGUGGUGAAGAGAGCCGAGAUAGAGCGUCAAGCAUUGCCGAAUCUACCGUUCAUAAGCCAACAGCUUCGAAUGAUAGUGCAAAUCUCGUGAUAGAACCUAUUAGUGCUCAAGAGGAGAGCAACAUGUCCUAUUCCCAAGGGAAAUUCGCUAUUCACGAAGAAAAUUCCCUCAACUCAGUGACGUCCACACCAAAGAAUCUCAACUUUUCAAACAAGCUUUCUACGUCGGCGCUUAGUCUCAGUAAUGUAAGCAUUCAAUCCCAAACCAGCAACAACACACCUGAAAAUCAUAAAUUGACAGCCAUCAAUGAAAUGCUGAAGGAAUGGAACGACGAUGAUGGGGGCGACGACUCUGAGCUUACCCCCAUAGGACCCAACAACACCUGUGUGAAGAAACAAGUCCUACGUGCAAUUAACUGGACAAACUACAAAGCUGCCACCCGUAAAUUGCUGAUGACCCUCUUUUCUCGAGAAAUUCUUGCGACGCACACAUUGACCGGUCGGCCCUCGCCUGCAUUUAUGGGCGAUCGCGCCAAGCCAGUAAAGGACAAACUGGAUCAGAGAAUCAUUGCCGACAUUAUCAGCAUUGUGGCCAAAACGUGUCAUGUUUCGGAGCCGAUGGUACGCACCGCCAUCACCACAAAAUGUGCAGACGAAAACAAAAUGAGUCGAAUGAAGCACAACAAGAGCGGAUCUCAGACGACACUGGCGCUGGAUAUCAGUGCGGUAUGCGGGGGCGUGUCCGAUGUUGACAGCAGUAUGGUUGUUGAUGAAAGUGACGAGGCACAACCCUUCCCGCGGAAGGUCAAACGGGAAAACAAGGAAAAUGUACAUUGAUACCCACGGAUGUAGGGAUAAUUGAAUCUUCCAAUAUGCCAGUUGCCAGAAUUGUAUAUUGUAUCGUAUCUGUUUACUUCCGCCAUUGUUGAGGCUGCCAUCCGGUUUCGUAUCAUUUUACAAUUCUUGAUUUUUUUUUGUAAUAGGUAUCUAAGUUUUAAAUUGUUGAUUUGAUCGAAUGCAAAAGGCAGGGAUUGAUUUAUUGGAAAAAGACAAAAAUAGCUAACUUAAGCGCCGAUGUACAAAGUAAUGUUUCUAGCAUAGUUAAAAGUAAAACUUAAGCUGAUUUAUUUUCAUUGAUUUGACAUUUUGAUUAUAUCAAAUGUAUAAAAACUACAACUAUUUGAACUAAAUAAAAAGAAUUUUCGAUUA